UGAUAGUCGAGCCACGUGAUACGAUAAAAAAACAAUGGCGCCUUACAAUAUAAAGUGUUUCUUAAUUUCUGUUCAUUAAGCCUUAGAAAUUGCCUGUAACAAAGUUAGUGAUAAGUGUAAACUAUUAACUGAUAACUAGGAAAGUGGACAGAAUAAAGUCGAGUGCGCCCGCUAAUAAAAUAUUAUCCAAUCGAAUUCAAGCAAGAUUCUUGGAACAAAUCAACAAUGUCUGCGCACGAUUGUCCUCUAGAAAUGCUGCAUUUAACAGCAUUCUUCUGAAAAAGAAGUGUCUCACAGUUGAUGCAGAAUGCGGAAAACAUUAUUCCAGAAAUAUUACACGAAAUAUCAGAAAGCCUUCCGUUCGUCCUUGACCUGUUCUGCACAAUGGCAAUAGCUGGGAAAAACCCAUCGGCCAAUAAGAUUGCCCCGAUUGUUGCUGCCUAGUAUGCCAUCCUCAUGAAUGCCAGGAAUGAGAAGUUGUCAGCGUGGCACAGACUCACAACAGUUGUAUCCAUCAAAGGGCACUUUGAUAACUCUGCACUAACACUUUUCAACCGCACGGGGCUGACAAUGUCGACAUCAUCCAAACUGCGCCUACUGGAUGAAGCUGGUGAAAUGCUGGAAGACAACAUCGCCAGAAGUCUAAGAAAAAACCCACUUGUCAAAAUCACGGGUGACAAUUUGGACAUCUAUGUCAGAACAGGACAUCAUUCACUGGACAGACACGAAAAGGACCUCCACAUGUUUGCCUCAAAUAUCAUCUUCAGCAGGAUUGCACAACUAGAAUCGUUCAGCACUAGUUUCACCAUGCCAUCACUUGGAACACUUUCUCCAGAGAAGUUCUUUCCCAAUGGUCACCACAGAGACACUUUGACAAACACCUACUGUGUAUUGGAAGAAUACUGGCAGAGCUUAAAGACUUCUCCUGGCUUCAAAAAGUGCUCCCAGCCCACAUUUAUCAUCUUUACCAAGCCGAGAUGAGGCAAUGAAGUUGACUGAAUACAUAUAAAAUGAUAUAUAAUUAAACAUGUGAACC